GAAGCAUCAAAGCCAGAGGCAAGAGCUGAGCGUCCUUGGAUUAUAGUAUAUGGGCACCGACCAAUGUAUUGUUCCAACAGUGAUCACGAUGACUGUCGUAGUGUAAACUGCUUGACACGUGUAGGGAUUUCUCUUUUGAAUGUGUAUGGAAUGGAAGCUCUGCUUGACAAGUAUGGAGUUGAUAUAGCAGUGUGGGCACACGAACACUCGUAUGAAAGACUAUGGCCUGUGUACAACUACACUGUGUAUAACGGAUCAAUGGAGGAACCUUACACUAAUUCAAAGGCUCCUAUACACAUCAUCACUGGCUCAGCGGGUUGUCAAGAGCGCCAUGAUCACUUCAUACCUGACAAACCUUUCUGGUCAGCCUUCCGCAAUAGCGAUUAUGGGUACACACGCCUGACAGCUUAUAAUGCCACCCACCUCUACUUUGAACAGGUCUCUGAUGACCAGAAAGGAGAAGUUAUCGACAGAAUCUGGGUGAUCAAAGAUCAGCAUGUCCCAUUUGCAGAACUACGUUCUCAAGCAGAGUAAAGAUUUUAAUGUUCCAGAUUGUUCUUGAAGGUUGUGUUGUGUAUGAAAGUGUUCCUUUCAGUGUUCAUGUAUUAAAUAUGGUGCAAUUAAGAUAAUCAUUACCAAAUUGAAUUGGGUCUGUGAAUGUUCAAAUGUUUUAUUAAGUUGGCUACAUCUAACAAAUGUUCCAAAAAUUUUAUGAAGUUCGUUGACCAAACUGUCCCUAGUGAUAACGUUUGUUUGUGUAUUGGAUGGAUGAAUGUCUAAUGGUGCUGCCAUUAUUUUAAAAUCGAUAGACAUUUAUGUGUUGGUAUGUGUCUGUGGUAAAAGGGAGUCUUCAAACUUCAAAGCUUAAUUUACCUUAUACUACUAUAUUCAGUUCAAGAGCUGUUGCUUUAAUAUGUACAGAUUUACAUAUCAAACAGUAUUCUUUGAAGUUCUUAUCUAGAUUUGGAGGAUGAAUUAAGUUACUGUAGGCUGAAUUGAGAGAAUGGAUUGCUGAAAUUUGGAAGUAGUGUACUGGUAUGUACUUAUAUAUACAUAUAUUUGUAAAUUGUAAACCAAAGAAUGGUUAAGGAUUUUCAUGACUCUUUUAUGGAUUCAUUUGUUAGUUUUAUAGGUUGGACUGUGAAAACUCAAAAUAAGUUUUUUGGGUACUGUUCAACACUUAGUAGAUAUAUUAUAAUGUGAAAAAAACUAUAGUUAAUACAAUAGUACUGUAUUACAUGUUGGUACGGCUAAAUAAGAAGAGAUGAGUAAGUGUAUUUUAACACACCCAGAUUUUUCCCAUCCUAAUAUUCAGGUAUCUUUGAUUUUUUACUUAGGUUGUUUACAUCAACUUCAGACCUACAGUCAGCUGUAUUUGAGUGUUCAGGUUCGGGUACUUAAGGAGAGGGUAUGUUAUUCAGAUUUUGAUGAAAAAUUCGAAUUUUAUGAGAUGUGUAGUUUUUUUUUACUGAAGUUAAAUUAAAAACCUUGGAUACUCUGUGUAGUUUAUAACAAUUUGCAAUGGUUGAAGCAUUUGUUGUCCAGAUAAUGUAGCCAUAUAAGUGUGUAAGUCAUCAUAUGUUUGGGAAAUUUGAUCUGAAUUGCAUCUAUGUAUAUUAUCUUGGACACUAAAUUUAAAACAAUUCCAGAUUUUGCAAAGUGAGUUCAGAUAUUUCAUUAUUUUGCAUGGCUGUAUUUUAAAAACUAUGAACUAUAUCAGUGCCUUACAUUGUAGUUUUGCCUUGUUUUCAAAAGAACAAGUACAACUACUAGUAAAUUUAGAAAACAAUUUUUUAAAUUCAGACCCAUAACUUUUUGUUAUCAAAAUAAGCUAUGGCUUUGUUAUCAGACAAAUACGUAUAGUUUUUAAAGACAAAGUGAAACUAAUAUGGAUUUUACACAGAUGCAGGAACUUGUAGUUACCUUUCUAAACCUUUUUGUACCAAUUUCACAUAUAAUUCUUAUAUUAUAGUAUAGUAUAGUACAUGUACCUGUUUAUGAAAAUAUGGUCCAAUGUGGAUGCAUUACUAGAGUGCACCUAGUACCCUUUUAUACAUACUAUUUAGUCUUUGAUAUACAUGAGGGUUAUGGGUUGAAGACCUCUGUAGAUGUUAGUAUUCCAUGAGUAUAGGAGUAGCUGGAGCUUUUGCCACUUUUGAACAUAAUCUGUGAGAGUUUAGAAUUGUAAUGUAGUGGAUUGGUCAUGCUAGUUUGUAUUAUUAAUAAUAACAUUACAUGCUUCUUUUUUUACCUGUUUCACAUUUUUCUUCAUGAGAUAUUUUUAAAAGAAUAUGAAAACUUAUACAAAUGUAUGCUAUGUAAAAUCAGUACAAUAUUCCAUAAAAAUUGAAUGUCGAUUACAGUACCAAAUUCAGUGCUCAAUGCAGAUGUUUCAUUCUGUAAUUGGUAAUACUGCUGAUUCUUUCAUCGCAUAUGCCAGUGUCAUCACAUUCUUUUAAACCAUGAGACCCAUUAGAGAAGCAUUGCUUGCAGUCAUGUGCACACAGAUCACUAAAGGCUCUUUUCAUGGUUCAUGUCACUCUAGCUGUUUUCCUCUGUCUUCACUUUUCCUCUGUAUUCUGUGAUUUCUUCCAGUACAGUGAAAUACUAAUACAGAACUCGAAAGUUCUUGAAGAAGUGUCUCCCUGUUAGGCAUAUUAAGCUGAAAUAAUGCUUUAAGCUCUUAGGAUAUUUGAUUUUUGCAUUGUUUAAUAUUGCAGCAUUGCCAUUAUUUUUUACCUUAGUAUCUUAAUGAUAAGCCCUGGUACAUUUGUGAUAUCUACAUUCUAUAAGGUUUAUGCAUCAUUGGAAACUAGCUAUAUAACACAGAUUCAAGAAAUAAUUUAAUUAAUUUUAUUAUGAGUCAUGACAGUAAAAUAUAGCCUUUCAGAUAUUAUAUUUGUAGACAUGCUUUUAAAUUUCAAUGCAAUUUUGGUGUUUGAAAGCUUAUGGUUAGGAAAACUACUUGUUUCAGUUUCUUUUCUUUCGCAUUGUUGAAUUUAUAUAUACGUAUAUAGUGUUGAUGCAGUGAUAAUAAUCCCUAAAGUUACCAUUUGUUAUAGUCUGUGAAAUUAUUCUAUUAAUAUAUAAUUAGAACAAUAAAGUUUGUUCAGGAA